AUGGGCUGUUUUGCACAUACAAUGAACCUUAUGGUCCAGUCUGCGCUCACUUUAGAAGAAGACCUGAUAAACAAAACAAAAAAUAUUGUUUCUCAUUUUAGAAAGAGUACAGUAGCCAACAAUUCAUUCAAAACUUACCAAUUAAAUAAUGGUAUAAAAAAUCCAAAAAAAUUAAUUCAGGAUAUCUCUACUAGAUGGAAUUCAACAUAUUAUAUGGUAUGCAGAUUUGUCGAAUUAGAAACCUCAAUUCGUGGUACUUUGGGUUUACUUAAUAAUGCUCCUGAAAAUCUUCGGCCAGAAGAAUGGACUAUUUUGAAAGAUCUUAUUAAAGUAUUGAGGCCAUUUGAAGAAUCUACUAAAGCAAUAAGUGGACAAAAGUAUAUGACGGCGUCAUUAGUAAUAGUAAUUGUUCAGGGACUCUUUAAAGUUUAUAAUAAUUUAAGAAAAACUAACCUAGCACCAAGAGUUUUACAUGUGGUUGAUAAACUUAUAGCUAAUAUGAAUGAAAGAGACGGGUUUAAAAAUUUAGAAAAAAAAAAAACGGCAAACAUUAUUCGUAGUAAAUAUACCGAAGAGUAUGAAUCAGUAAGUUUGGCAGAUGUUAACACACCUCCCAAUAGCGAACCUUCUAUAUGGGAUGAUAUUGACAGUUGUGUAGCUAAGUCAACACCUAUUGGAACUGCAACAUCAAGAGCUAUUGUGGAACUCCAACGAUACAUGGAAGAUUCGAUAAUUUCUAGACAUCAAGAUCCAUUAAAAUGGUGGAAAGACCACAGUUAUAACUACCCAAAUUUGAGUAUUUAG